AUGGACUUCCUCACACGUGUCGUGCGUGCUCUGCUCCUGCUGGCCCUGCUGCUGGCAGUGACUCCCUGCCCAGGAGAGUCCAAGGAGCUCUGCCCGCACCCCUGCCGCUGCCAGAGGCGUGGACUGCUGGACUGCCGCCACGCCGGCCUGGCCACCGUGCCCCCGGCCACCCCCCGACGGGCCCUCACCGUCCUAGAUUUCACUGGCAACUCGAUUGCUACUUUGGCUAAACAAGCAUGGAAGGAAUACCCCUGGACUGAGACUCUAGUCCUCAGGGACAAUGAGCUGCAGGCAGUGAAGAGCCAUUCCCUGGAGGGGCUGUUCCUGCUGAAGCACCUGGACUUGUCUGGCAAUAGGAUCCUGUUGAUUGAGGAAGGUGCUUUUGAGCCACUGCCUUUCUUGAGGCUUCUAAACCUCAGUGGGAAUGGCCUCACACAGAUCCACAGCGGCACUUUCCAGGCAUGGCACGGGAUGCAGUUUCUAGAGGAGCUGAUCCUAAGCCACAACCCCCUGACCGUGAUUGCUGACACAGCAUUCUUCAAGCUGCCUUCAGUCAACUAUUUGGACCUGAGUGCAACUCAAGUGACUCCGCAGACGUUGCUGCUGCUCCUGCAGACAACAGUGCACUUGGAAACCCUCAAACUGCCCAGUGAUGUGGCCUGCUGCCUCUGCCAGGAGCAUGCCAGCACCGAGACCCCGUGCAGGACCAUCCAGUUCCUCUGCCAGAACCUGUGCAGCAGCAGCAGUGCCCAGUGUGCUGCUCACACAGGUCCUGUGGCACAGACACAGGGAGAAGUAAUGGAAGUGGAGCCCUCCGGAAAAGCAAAGAGCAGCCCAGUAUUGAACCUCAGGGCCAAGGAGCCUUCGCUGGGAGACCAUGGAACUGUAACUCUUGGGGUUGCCCUGACCCUGAGCAGCACUGAGGGGGAUGUCAGCAGCCUCAAGGAUUCCAGAGCAAAUUCAUAUCCCCCUGAGCACCUCUCCAGGCAGGAAGGCAAAACAGCUGAUGAUGAUGUCAAGAAUAAUCUGCACAAGGCUAAAAACAUCAUGACUGUGAAAAGCAUCGUCUCACGCCAGCCCCAGCCUGUCAGGGAGAAGGAUGCGGAGCAAAAGUCAAUCAUAGUCUGGGAACGAAAGCAGAAGGGCUCCCAUUUGAACUGGCAGGCAUUAAACCCCUGGGAUGGAGCUGGUGGGUUAAACCCCACCGAUGAAGACUCUGUCUUUGGACACCACAAAGGUGUGGAUGUAGCUCCAUCUCCAAUACGGAAAUACAUUUGGAAAAAGAAAGAACACAAGAAGACCGACAGCCAGUAUUGGGUUGGCCAAAAUCUGCUUUUCUACCAGGCGUUGGGCCCUGCCAAAGCCCAGGGAGAGCCCACAGGCAGAGAAAGCAAAGCCCAGCAGGGUCUAAACAGGAACCUGGAUUUUCUGUCUGACCCGCUGGUUAACAACGGCCCCGCUGCAAUCAGCAGGGUAGAGGACAGGGCUGAAGGAGAGCCUUCCUCUCCAGGAGAGGACUUUGAAACCACGGUCGAUCGUUCCCUGCGCUUGCUGGUGCCGGACGAAGGCCUGCGGAUGUUCAUGGCCCACAUGGAGCGAGCCCUGAGGACGGACUGCAGCCUGCCCGGGCUGCAGCUGGCCUGUGCCAAGAUGGUCUCCAAGACUGGGCUGCUUAUAAAUCUCCUCAGCAAGAGACAAGAGAGCGAGGGAGCCUCUGCUUUCACCAGACAGUGUCUUCUGCGAGGGAACAUCUCCAGACGCACAACCUUGGAGGAGGGCAAGGAACACAGAAAGGAGCAGAAAGCAAUGAAACAGUCCCGGGAGAGAUUCCAGUUUGCGAUAUUGGUGUUGAUCUUCUAUGUUACAUAUUUCAUAUUGCAUUGUCUCAUUGAGAUAUGCUCCGAGCCUCAUGAAGAUGAUUUCCAACCCCGAUGCUGUAGGAAAUCAUUGCUGAGAAGAUGGAAGAAGCUUGAUGAAAUGCCUUUGCCCAGAGCCAAGAUGCUCCUGGCCGGACGCUGCCCUGCCUCCAGCCCCCCAAAAUCUGGGCCGCUGACUCCGUGACCCCUCUCUGCAGAGAGGAUGCUGCAGGUGGCUGCCGUGCUCAGGACACCCUGAGGAGCCUCCCUGGGACCUGGGAAAGGGGGUGGGAUGCCCUGGGACCCUCCAAGCUUCUCCCUGGGGACCUGGGAACAGGGGGGUGGGAAGAGGGAGGUGGGAUGGGUUAGAACCCCCAUAGAUCUCCCUGGGGACCUGGGAACAGGGGGGUGGGAUGCCCUGGGACCUCCAAAGCUCCUCCUUAGGGAAUAGGAAGAGGUGAUCCAGGCAGCCCCCGGUGUCCUGAGCAGCCGCUGCCGCCGCGCAGGCUCCGGAGCGCGCAGCCUUGCCAGGGCUGCAAUGUCCAGGGGGUCAGCACGUGUGGCAGAGUCCCCUCCCCGCAGCCCCUUUUGUUCAGCUGGUUUUGUCUUUCCCGGUUGGGAAUGCUCUCCCAAU